AUGUUGUUAUUAACUUUGUGGUCAGUGCUAUACGUCGCGUCGGCUCAAGUCAGGCCGAACAUUGUGAUCUUCCUUGCUGAUGACUUGGGAUGGAACGACGUUGGUUUCCAUGGCUCGAAUCAGAUACCGACACCAAACAUCGACGCGCUUGCAUAUUCUGGCCUUGUUUUGCAGAACUACUAUGUGACUCCUAUAUGCACGCCGUCGAGAGCCGCCCUAAUGUCUGGCAAAUAUCCUAUACACACGGGAAUGCAACACAGCGUUAUUCGUGGUGAAGAGCCAAGAGGUCUCCCUCUGUCAGAGAAAAUCCUUCCACAGUACCUGAAGGACUUGGGGUACAAAACACAUUUAGUAGGAAAAUGGCACUUAGGGCAUUACAAAAGGGAGUAUCUUCCAUUGAGUCGUGGCUUUGACACACACUUGGGUUUUUGGACUGGAAAAAUUGAUUUAUAUGAUCACACAAAUAUGGAGACUGGCACUUGGGGCUUCGAUUUUAGAAGAGGUUAUGAGGUGGCAUACGAUCUCUUCGGAAAAUAUGCGACAGAUAUUUACACAAACGAAGCAGUCAAGCUAGUAGAAGCCCAUAACAAAAGUGAACCUUUAUUCUUGAUGGUUGCACACUCAGCCAUGCACAGUGGAAACCCUUCCGAGUUUCUAAGAGCGCCUGAUGACGUUGUUGACAAAUUCGCACACAUCAAAGACACACAGCGACGCAAAUAUGCAGGAAUGCUUACUAAACUAGACGAAUCUGUCGGCAAAGUGGUGAAGUCGUUGAGUCAGAAAGGAUUAUUAGAUAAUACAAUAAUUCUGUUCAGCACCGAUAAUGGUGGGCCAGCUGCUGGGUUCAACAACAAUGCUGCGUCUAACUAUCCUUUGAAAGGAGUGAAAAAUACUCUAUGGGAAGGUGGCGUUCGUGGUGCGGCCCUGUUAUGGAGUCCUCUUAUAAAAAAACCGUCACGAGUCGCGAAUCAAACGUUCCAUAUCGCUGAUUGGUUACCGACAUUGUACAGUGCUGCUGGAGGCGAAACCAGUGUUUUCAAAAACCUCGACGGGUUCGACUUGUGGGAGGCCCUAUCUAAUGACCUACCAUCUCAAAGGACCAAAAUAGUGCAUAACAUAGACGACAUUUUCGGAUCAGCCUCAAUUACAGUGGAAAAUUGGAAACUUCAUAAAGGCACAAACUAUAAUGGCACCAAAGACUAUUGGUUCGGACCGGCUGGUCGGGAUGGUGAAUAUAACGUUGACUUGCUUUACAAAAGUUACGCGGGCGUAGCUAUCAACAACAUUACUACAUUGCCUAAAAAAGAAAGAAUUAUGAGCAUUAGGGAUGCAUCAACAAUAAAAUGCAAUAAUGCUAAACCAAUCAACGAAUGCAAACCACUAAAAGCGCCGUGCCUGUUUCACAUACAAGAAGAUCCUUGCGAGCUUAAAAACUUGGCAGAUGAGAAGCCAGAUAUUCUGCAAGCACUAAUGUUAGAGCUAGAGAGAGUAAAUGCGACAGCAGUGCCACCUAACAAUCUAGAUUUAGAUCCCCGAGGUGACCCGAGGUAUUGGGGACGUGUAUUUACAAACUUCGGUGAUUUCGUAAACUUAUAA